UGUGAGUCAGUUGUCUUCUGUCUGUUGCCUUUACCUGACAGUUGCUGCUGAUGCUUUGCCGUGCGCUGUGUUUCGUAGUUUUCAGACUUUCUCUGCGCCUAAACAGAGAUUCGUAAAUGGACAUUUUAAAUACCGAGGUACUGGAAGACUUUCUGCUUGUGGGGCGAAAUCCUGAAACGAUUUGUGAAACACUGUGGAUUUUGGGUUAGCAAGUGGGUCUUUAACAUGUCCUGAAGUGCAUGAAGAAGUCACCGUGUUGACAAUGCUUGAGAAACUGGAUUAUAAAUAUUCUCAGCCAAGUGCUUUUUUUGAGUGAAAGUUAUUAUUAUGUGGACUGUUAUUGUGAAAAACACAAAUUGUGAACUGCAAAAGUGAUAUUGCUUCGCACCAUCUGCCGUGCAAGAAUGCAUCUAGUGUGACACCGAAGUGAACCAUUAGAUCACAAUGGCUGAUGAAGAAUCAUCUGUUCGAGUGGCUGUCAGGGUCCGGCCGCAGAUCGCGCGCGAGGUGAUCGACGCGUGCCGAGUGUGCACGGCGGUGACGCCCGGCGAGCCGCAGGUGACGCUGGGCUCGGACAAGGCCUUCACGUACGACUACGUGUUCGACAUGGGCCUGGACCAGGGCACUGUGUACGACACGUGCGUCCGCGACCUGGUGGAGAGCUCCCUGGACGGCUACAACGCCACCGUCCUGGCCUACGGACAGACGGGGUCUGGUAAGACGUAUACCAUGGGCACUGGCUUUGACGUCGAGCUAAACCAGGAUGAAGUCGGCAUCAUCCCCAGGGCCAUCCACCACUUAUUCAAUGGAAUCACUGAUAGAACUGCUAGUGCCAGAGAAAAUGGAGUGCCCGCUCCAGAGUUCAAAGUCGUUUGCCAAUUCCUGGAGCUGUACAAUGAGGAAAUUAUUGAUCUGUUCAAUCCCUCUGAGCAUUUUUGCAACAAGAACAAGAAGGCCAUUAAAAUUCAUGAGUACCCUGAAGGUGGAAUUUACCUGUUAGGUGUAACAACAAAAGCUGUGCAGUCUCCAGAUGAAGCCCUUCAAUGUCUCAGGCUUGGUGCCCUUUCAAGAACAACAGCAUCUACUCAAAUGAACUCACAGUCAUCUAGGUCACAUGCUAUUUUCACAAUUUACAUCAAACAGGAGAGAGUUGUUAAAAUAGAGGGUAAUGAAGACUUUGUAAAUGGAAGUACAGAAACUACAAAUGAAUGUGAAAUGUUAACAGCCAAGUUUCAUUUUGUUGACCUUGCUGGUUCUGAGAGGCUCAAACGUACUGGUGCAACGGGGGAGCGAGCCAAGGAGGGAAUUUCAAUCAACUGCGGUUUGCUUUCCCUAGGUAAUGUUAUUUCUGCACUUGGGGAUAGAUCGAAAAGAGCAUUGCAUGUUCCAUACCGAGAUUCUAAACUCACCCGAUUACUACAGGACUCUCUUGGAGGUAAUAGCCGUACAGUUAUGAUAGCUUGUGUUUCACCAAGUGAUAGAGACUUCAUGGAAACAUUAAAUACCCUCAAGUAUGCUAAUAGGGCACGCAAUAUUCGCAACAAAGUUAUUCUCAACCAGGAUAAAAGUUCUCGAACAAUUGCAAUUUUGCGUGGGGAGAUUCAAAGGCUAGAGUUAGAACUGUUAGAAUACAAGCAGGGUAAGCGUGUUGUUGGGGAAGACGGAGUUGAGACUGUUAAUGACAUGUACCAUGAAAAUACCAUGCUUCAAUCUGAAAUCAACAACUUGCGCACUCGUGUAAAAGCAAUGCAAGAAACAAUUGACACUCUAACACAAAAGAACACAUUGCUACUUGCUGAGAAGGCAACCGGAACAUGGAUCAAUUCAGGAUCUGACUCUGAUAUCACUGACAUGAUAAAGCACUACUUAAAAGAGAUUGAAGAAUUACGUGUAAAACUCUUAGAGUCUGAGGCAACAUGUAAGCAGCUGCGAAAGCAAAGCCAGAUCAGAGCCUCUCUUAGUCCAAGAGCUGCUAUGACAGGACAUUUCGAUCAAACUUUUGGAUUUGAAUCAGAUACCAAUGGUUUAAUACAAGAAGCUAAGAGAGAUAUACGUAGAGAUUUAGAAAUUUUGUCUACCAAAGGCCGUCCCCCAGGCCCGAAAGGUCAAGAUAUUGGAAAAGAUGUCAAUGAAGCCCCCUUGGUGGAGGCGCCUGAAUUUGAAAGUGAUGAGGAUGGAAACGAUGACUCUGAUAGUGACACUGACUCAGAAGAGAAAGCAUCAACUCAAAUCAAAGUCGAAUUAGCAGAUCUUACAUCAGAGAUUGACAUAAAGCAGAGGUUAAUUGAAGAGCUUGAACUAUCUCAAAGGCGGUUAAAUUCUAUGAAGCAGCACUAUGAGGAAAAAUUGGCUCAGCUGCAGACUCGCAUCAGAGCAACUCAAGAAGAGAGAGACAAAGUUCUUGCCUCUAUAGUUGGAGGACACAACAAUCAGCAAAAUGACAAAGCCAAGAAAGUGCGAGAUGAGUACGAACGUAAACUGCAAAACAUGCAGAAAGAAGUUGCUAGAUUACAGUCUGCUAAGAAAGAGCAUGAUCGCUUAGCUAGAAGCCAGUCACAAUAUGAAAAUCAACUGAAAGGACUCCGCAAUGACCUUGCUGACAUGAAAAGAACAAAGGUAAAAUUAUUGAAUCAAAUGCGAGAAGAAACACAAAGGCAUAAGAACACAGAAGCCAGGCGAAAUCGUGAGAUAGCUCAAUUGAAGAAGGAGUCAAGACGUCAUGAAAAUCAAAUUCGGUCCCUUGAAGCAGAAAAGCGUCAAAAAGAAGUUGUGCUAAAGAGGAAGCAAGAGGAGGUGACUAUGCUGAGGAAACUUGCUAAACCAGGCCUCAGCAAUAAGGCAGCAGGCCGUGUAGGAGAAAGGCACUCAAAAAAGAAUAUAUUUUCACCUAAGAUAGCUAAGCAAAAAUGGCAGAGUGUGGAGAAGAACAUUAACAAAGUUGCGCUCAAUAAAAGAACUGUUGCAGCAAUGGAAAGAGACAUGGAAAGGCUAUUGAAUGAGCGGGAAAUGUUGAGUAAGACUCUCGAUAUGAAGCUCCGCAAACGAGAUUCUGCUCGAUUGAUGAAACAAGAUCCUUCUGUCUUGAAGGAAUUGGAAGAUGAACUUGAUGAUCUGCAAGCAAACAUUGAUUAUGUCCAAGACAAUAUUACUGAGGCACAGCACAGCAUAAUGCAGUUGGAGGAAAGCAAAGAUACUUACGACACUUUUGAUGUAACAUCACUUACCAUGAACAUGACAGACUUGGAAGAAGCAGGAUACUUAAUAGAGAAAUUAUACAACAUGACUGUGAACCAAAGCUACCUGGCUGCUCAGCGAGAACUAUCAGUCAAGGAACUUGAAGCCCGUUUGAAUGAAUUGGAACAAUCAAAUCAUCUGCAGGAGCAAUUAUUACAACAUAUGUGCAGGAAUAAUGAACUCGAAAUUUUAUCUUCUAAACUUACUGCUUCGGGUAGCACAAAUGGCAGUGGUGGUGCAGCUGGAGGCUCUUCAUCUAGCUCUGGGGCUUCGACCCGAUCCUCCUCACCCGUAGACAAUUUGAAUGGCAAUGCAAAAGACAAAAGCAGCCAGAGCAAUGUUGGGCCUAAAAUUCGACGCAGGACUGCUUUACCUGAAGAAUUACUCUAUCCAACACCUCUUGGGCAUUCUGUUAGCACCAGUUCAGUGGGUAGCUCUUCUGUGGCCAGUUCAAUGACUACGUCAAUGACUGCUUCAAUGACGAGCUCUGUUGGGCUUCCCACUGGACUUAGAGACACAAACCCUCCACCUAGUGACUCACUUAUGCCUCCACCCUCUUCAAAAUCGAUCCAACGUGUACCAAGUGCCCCUGGUUCUUUAAGAAAUAUGGGAAUGAAUUUGAAACCAGCGUUGACGGAAGUGAAAGCUUCUCCUGUUAUGUCAAGAAAGACUUACGAUCGCCAAGACUCAACAUCUCCACGUAUCAACCGACGUACUAUUGUAUUAGGCCCAGGCAACUUAAUUGGGAAACCGGGUUCCAUGGAGCAAGAUCUUGACAAGAGUCCUCCUAAUUCUCCACCAACGUUCCGUCGUCUCAACUCCCGCGACCGAGAUAGAGAUGUCAAUGUUUUUUCUCGACUGACAUCCAGUACCAUGCAGAGCAGCGAUCACCCUGAUCAUGGAACCAUCACACCUUUCCAGGGCAGAGUUUCAAUGAGAGCUCCUUUAGUGUGCACUCAUGUAGCUGAAGGUCACAAAAGUGCUGUACUUUCAGUGGAUGCCACUGAUGAUCUUAUGUUCUCUUCUUCCAAAGACUUGACUGUAAAAGUGUGGGACUUGCACUCAGGCAGAGAGACACUGACUCUCACAGGUCACCCAAAGAAUGUUGUUGCAGUUAAGUAUGAUGUCAAUAAGAAGCUAAUUUUCAGUGUGUCAUCAGCCUAUAUAAAGGUCUGGGACAUGAGAGCUAGUGCUUGUAUAAAAACUCUAAGCUCCUCAGGGCAAUCUACAAAUGGAUCUUUAUCAUUUACUAACACUGUUAGAGCUUUGCAAAUUCCUCCUGGAGAAUGUAUGAUAAAUGACAUUGCAUUAAAUCACAAUGGUGAAAUCUUGUACUCAGCUGCAGGUGAUAGAGUGGGAGUGUGGGACUUGAGAAAAUUCAUGGAAUUGGCCAAACUGAAUGGUGGACACCAAGCAGCUGUUUCAUGCCUUGCUGUGGGUAGAGUCUCACCAAAUGAAGAUGUUGUCAUAACAGGCUCUAGAGAUCAUUAUAUAAAGGUGUUUGAGGUUGUUGACCAAAAUGAAGGGAUUCUUACACCAAGAGUACGUCUGGAUCCUCCGCACUAUGAUGGAGUUCAAUCUUUGGCUAUGAGUGGAGGAAUCCUGUUCUCCGGUUCUCGUGAUUCUUGCAUCAAGAAAUGGGAUCUGUCAAAACCAGAAUUAAUUCAGUCUAUGAAUAAUGCUCACAAGGACUGGGUGCUGGGUUUAUCUUUCAUCCCUGGAGGGCCUUUGCUGCUGUCAGGCUGUCGUGGAGGAACCUUGAAGUUGUGGAAUGCAGAUAUGUGUACCUUGCUCGGGGAGUUGAAAGCACAUUCCCAUGCUAUUAAUUCAGUGACAACCAACACAUCCCAAAUCUUUACUGCAUCAAGUUCAGGGAAAGUGAAAAUGUGGCGAUUGGCACAGAACUAUGCUAUGACAAUGUCCACAGGACAUGUUUUUGAGUUGUCUUUAUAAUAUGUGACAACACAAUUCGAUUUUGGAGAAUAAACAGCAGAUUUGAUGCGUCAUCUGAUGCCAUUGAUGCCUGAACUCUGCAGUAUAAUAAACACAACAUUUUCCUGCUCUGUCAAUGGUUUAGUUAUGGAAACUCUUUAUAUUGAACUUUCUGUUUCUGGCUGGUCUGGCCAGUAUUUAAAUGGAAUGCUGAGUUUUAAAACUUGUGGUAGAAGGUGUGUUCUACUAGUAUGGUUUAUGACAUCAUAUUGAGCAUUGGUGAUUUGAUGUGUCAUCUUUUGACCGUCUCUAAUAUUGUGAUAGUUAAAUAUAUAGCAAAAUUGGCAUGAUUGAGUGAAUGGAUUAUUUUUGAAUUAUGUGGAAAUGUGUCCAUCUGUGAUGGAUUCCUUAAUUUUGUGUUGUAGUGUGAUUUUUAAAAAUUAGUUUGAUUUUAGACUCAGAGAGGGAACAUGUGUCAAUCUUUUGCAAGUUUGAAACUUUUAGAUAGAGGUAGAUAAUGAAUUUCUCCAUUUUGAAUUACUCAGAGAUAAAAAUAAAAACUGUGUUAGUUGACAUUAACUGGCUUACCUGAUAUGUAAGCAUAAAGUUCCUAUAGCUCUACAGUAUUUUUCAAAAACAGUUGCUUUGGUAAUAUUUUUUAGCACUCCAUUAAAAGCAACAAUCUUUGCUUGCAGGGUAAUCACAGACACUUCAGUAACUUGCAAUUGUUGCUCAAUUUAUGCAUUAGCAGAGUAUUAUUUUCUGUGCAGAGCUCACAUGCUGCUGUGAAGUUUGUGUUUUGUGUUCACUAUGUGAUAACUUUUUAUUAUUUUCUGUGUUAAGUCUAUGGCUUCUCCAUUCUCUUUCAUGUUUAUCUUUUUAAAAUAAGUAGCUGUAAUCUUCUCCAGCAGUGUGAAGCGUUUGUUUAGAGCCUUUAGUUUUUCAACACCCUUGUGGUUUAGACGUAGGUAUUUUAAUUUGUUUAAGACUGACCGUUUUUAGUACAUAUGAUAGUUAGGUCUACUUUACUGUUAGAUUGUCUGACUACCCGAGACUUCUCCUGUUCAUUUUUUUACGCAUUUGUUGGACAAACUGUGUCUAAAUCUCCUUCAUUUAUGAACAUAUUCUCUGAGGUAUUCUGCUCUCAUGUGAGUGCCUUUUAAAAAAAUGCCAAGCCUUGUGUAAAAUUUGAGCCGGCCUCGGCAACUGCAUGAGUGUUGUUUGCCUUGAAAUUUUGUUUUGUCUUCAGUUUUUUGUUGAAGGCUUUUGUCAGAUCUCAUAUUUUAAUUUGUGUAGUGCAUUGCACUUACAUUUUGUUGCAUUCCUGGGUUAAGGUUUCAAAGAUGUCUAUCAAAGUAAUUGGAAUGAAACAUUUCUUAAUUUAAUUGCAUCACAUAUUAGCAUGUCAAAUACUAGUCAUGAAACCUUGCCUGUAUAAUGAUGAACAAAUUAUGUAUGUUUUAAACUUAAUGUAUUUAUUCCACUUUGUUGCAUUCCAUACAUUUCACAUGUUUGAGGACAUGUAUUUAAGUAUUAAAAGAAUGUGAAAUAAAACAUUUUUAUUGUGCAAGCUA